AUGAAUAAAACGAUGUGUAAAAAGUUCCAGGAUGUAAGGAACGCGAUUUCCGAUGAAUUGGGUGAUAAUAAAACGUAUCAAUUUAAAGAUAAUAUUUUUUUAAAUAAUUAUUGUGAUAAUGUUGAUUUUUCAAGUAGUUUUUGUAAUAAUAAUUUUCAAAGUGAUUUCGAUAAAAUAAGUGCUGGAUGUGUAUAUUUGUUGGAUGAAUUCAUUAAGGAAUGUGGUGUGGAUCCCUCUCUUGCAAAAAAUAACAUCAAUAUUGUUGAUUACAUUUUGAUAUGGUUAAGUUAUAUGAUAAACCUGAAAUAUAGUGAAGAAGAAAACAUUAUAACGUGUUUUUAUAGUGCAUACAUACAUGAGUGUGAUAAGUAUAAAAAGAAAAUAGAUAAAUUAACUGAUUAUAAGGAUUAUAAGGAUAUUAUAGAUAAAAAAUGGUAUUUGUUGAAUAUGGAUAGUAAUAAUGCAUCUAAAUUUUAUAAAGCAUUUAAAUUAUUAUGUGAAAUGUAUACUGAUUUUGAUGAAAAAAAGAAAGAUUGCACAAACUAUUCGGAAAAAGCUAAUGAAUUUGUUAAACAAUAUGAAGAACUUUACGAGGAAUAUAAUAGCACUAAUGACAGUUCAUAUAAACAAGUAUUGUGCACUUUAUCAACCGAUUAUGAUAAUUUAAUAAAGAAAUGUAAUGAUACUCAGUGUUGCAAAUCUUCAUCCCUUCCAACGAUAGAAACAGAAAAAAUUCCUGGUUCAGGGUUUAGGGUUCAGGGUUCAGGGUUUAGGGUUCAGGGUUUAGGGUUCAGGGUUCAGGGUUCAGGGUUUAGGGUUUAG